GCUGCCACUACUCCACCUUGGCCUUGUCCUCCAUCCUUCACGCUCUCGAUCACGAUAAUCAACCAGAUCUCUACACCUUUCAUAUCUAACGCUUAACGAUGGCGGAGAGCAGCAACUUUGACUAUCUCUUCAAGGUCGUCCUCAUUGGCGACUCUGGUGUCGGGAAGUCCAAUCUUCUCUCGCGUUUCACACGUAACGAGUUCAACCUCGAGACUAAGUCAACGAUUGGUGUCGAGUUCGCAACACGAUCAAUAACGGUGGAUGGAAAGACUCUGAAGGCGCAGAUUUGGGACACUGCCGGCCAAGAACGGUAUCGUGCCAUUACAGCCGCAUAUUAUCGGGGUGCCGUCGGUGCUCUACUCGUUUAUGAUAUUGCCAAACACGCAACAUACGUCAACGUGACACGAUGGCUGAAGGAACUCCGUGACCAUGCUGACUCCAACAUCGUCAUCAUGCUCGUUGGGAACAAGAGUGAUCUCAAGCACUUGCGGGCAGUGCCAACGGAGGAGGCGAAGACAUUCGCUGCUGAGAACAAUCUCUCCUUCAUUGAGACGUCAGCGCUGGACGCUUCGAACGUCGAGUCCGCCUUCCAAACUAUUUUGACUGAUAUAUAUCGUAUCGUGUCCAGCAAAUCGCUCGAACAAUCAGCAGACCCGAUCAAGCCACCGACAGGUGACUCUAUCACCGUCAGCCCAAGUGUAGAUGCCAACACCAUGCAGAGCGGAAAGUGCUGUUAGACAUGGACGAUGGCAGUGAGAUGGUGUUCAUACUUGGGUGCGGGCGCAGAUGUUCUGGAUAUUGACUUGGGCUUCUCCACUUUACAUGCAUCUUCUUGUAAUUACAUUCGCUUUCCCUAUGUGGCGGGUGUCAUAUGCUGUAUGGCCCUUAUUUAUGGACUUUAUGAUGUAGAAAAGCAUGAAGGAUGUGCGAAGCAAAAGGUUUCUAACGAGUACGGCUCGUCCAC